AUGGAUGGAUAUUGUUUGCAAGGUCACAUGGAUGAAGCAAUCAAAGUGUUCAAUACCAUAGUGGAUAGGGGCCUUCACCCUAACAUUGUUAGCCACAACAUUUUGAUUAAUGGAUAUUGCAAGAAAAUGAAAAUAGAUGAGGCCAUGCUUCUCUUUCGACAAUUGCCUCGAAGGGGGUCGAGACCUAACACUGAAAUGUUCAAUGCUAUGUUACGGGGUUUGUUUCAAAUAGGUAGAUGUGGAGCUACUCAAAAACUUUUUAAUGAUAUGCAAGCUGCAGGCGUAAAUCCAGAUUCUCAAACUUAUGGUAUCGUGUUGGAUGGGAUGUGCAGAAACAAGAAUAUUUCCAAAGCAUUGUCAUUAUUCCAAAUGAUGGAAAGGAAUGGUUUAGAUCUUAAUAGUGUUACAUACAGUAUUCUCAUUGAUGCAUUUUGCAAGGACAACAAGCUUGGCACUGCAAGGGCUCUUUUCAGUAACCUUUCUUCCAAGGGAUUACAUGUGGUGGAAAUUCUUGCCCGUAAUUUGGAAAGUGAAUCAAGUUUACGCAGAAGGGUUGACUUGUUUUUCCUCGUGGAUUCUAUUACUCAGUGCUCUCGUGGCUUGAAAGGUGAUGUUGGUGAUAUAUAUCCUUCAGCAAUCCAAGCAGUGCUGCCACGUUUAUUGUUGGCUGCUGUUCCUCCUGGAAAUAAUUCACAAGAAAAUCGUAGGCAGUGCUUGAAGGUAGAAUCCUGUUUUGGCUUAAAAAGUUGCAUUUUGUUUUGGCUUUUACCCUCAUUUGUUCCUUUUGAUGUAUAG